CCAGCACUAGUCACAAGUCUGCUUUGUUUUUUUUUGUGUGUCAUUGUCAAAAAGUUUAUAAAGAACGCAUCCGCCUCAUCCCCAAUUGAUCUUUACGCAUCCAAAUCCGAUCGCUAUGAGUGACGUCCAGACCUUGGUGGAUAUGGGCUUCCCCAGGGAGCGAGUGGAAUACGCUCUGCAGGUGACCGGCAGCAAGGGUGUGGAGCCGGCCAUGGAGUGGCUGCUGGCCCAUAUUGACGAGGAGAUUCCAUCCGCACGAGUCCGUGAAGCUGCAGGGACAGCAGCAGCACCCUCCGCCAGUUGCGACGAGUCGGCCGCAGCACCCAGCAGCAGUGGCGGAGGCGCUGACGAAUCGACGGUGCCCAAGUCGUUAAAGUGCGACGACUGCGGCAAAGUGCUCAAAGAUCAUUCGGAAGUCGAAUACCAUGCUGCCAAGACUGGACACAGCAACUUCUCCGAGUCGACGGAUGAGAAGAAGCCCCUCACCGAGGAGGAGAAGAAGGUCCAGCUGGCCGUGAUCGAAGAAAAGCUCAAGCAGAAGCGCAUCGAGCGCGAGGAGCGCGAAAAGGUGGAUGCCCUAGAGCGCGAGAGGAAUCGCAUUCGAUCGGGGAAAGACAUGACAGAGGCCAAACGUCGCAUGGAAGAGAUCGAGAUGAAGAAGAUCGUGGAUCAGCGCAAGCGCGAAAAAGAGGAGGAGAAGGUGGCCCGCGAUCGGGUUCGUGCUCAAAUUGAGGCCGACAAGGCCGCCCGCAAGGCCAGAGAAAAUAAAGAAAUACCCAUCUCGGAGCCUGCUCCGUCCGUCAGCUCCACCACGGUCAGCUCUCCCACCACCGGCGUCAAGUCGCCGCCUCGUGACUACACUGAGACCCGCAUCCAAGUGCGUCUGCAGGAUGGCUCCACCCUCACUGAGACCUUCAACGUGAAGGAGCAACUGUCGGCAGUGCGCGUGUUCAUCCAAGUGAAGACUGGCAUCGAGACACCCUUCUCCCUGAUGACCACAUUUCCGCGCAAGCUCUUCGCCGAGGAGGACUACGAGAAGCCGCUGGAGGUGCUCGGCCUAGUGCCCUCCGCUGUCAUCACCAUGACCAAGACGACUGCGUAAGAAGCGUACCGCAGCGACAGCAACAACUAAAAUAUCUAACUCUAUCAACGCCGCGCGAUAUUCCCCCCAACACAACACUUUAAGCGUACGAUUUUAUAUUAUAAUACAACUAAAAGUAAAAGGAAACAAACACGGAAA